AUGUCCGGCGUUGAACAGGACCCGCGCGCCUCGCGAAUCUUGUCCAUCUUGUUCCAAAAGCCGUCGGCUGGCUCAGGGCCGGGGACUGAAAACGCGCUGACUAUUUUCGAAGAAGCGAUGAAUGUGCCUGCGCCCGGACAGGGCCUCAUGCGUGUGCUCGAGCUCUUGGAGUCGCUCGCGUUCCAUUGGACAGACGCCAAGGCGAUCGAGCCCGUUCAGCUUUCAUUAUUUGCCGACCUCAAUUUCGACUCGUGUUUGCGGUACUUGCCCACGCCCGAACACCACGCGCAGCUCAAGGCCGAGAUGCGGUACUUGCUCGAGUGUUGUGCGCUGGAGAACAAUCGACGGUUGAUCGCCCAUGCACGCGCGGCGGGGUACGAAUCGUGGACCCGGUUGUGCAAUGUGGCCUUGACGAGGUGUUUCGAUUCCCUCCCGGACGAACAUAGAGAGAUGAUCCUAUUCGACGUUGUCCAAGCUUUACCGCCCGUCAUCCUCUCAGCCGCCGAACCCGAAACGGCCAUUUACUUAUGCGAAACGCUGCUUUCCCUAGUUGCUAAACUCCGAGACGACCGGCACCACCAAGUUGUUCUUCAGUCGAUUGUGGAUGACCCAGUCGCUGCUACGUUACCCCCCGAGCGAUUGAACGCGCUGUUGGGUGCGAUUAUGGACUGUGUUCUCCAGCCUGGGACGACGGAGCGUCAGAGAGGAAACUUGUACAGCGCGAUGGUGCAUUACGUCCAACUUGCGUUCUCGGCUGAAGAGAGAAGUUCACGAGAACACUCCAAGCUCGGUCAAUCGCAAUCAAAACUCGCCCAAUCCCAGUCUAAACUCGCCCAAUCCCGACUGGACACAUCAGCCGCCAACGCCGUCGUCCUCUUUGGCUCGUCUCCGAACCCGACGACGGGCCGACGCUCGGGGCUCGAAUCCAGCACGCUUCUGGUGCUCAACAAGUUUGUCGACCGACUCGUCCCGCUUGUCUGCCGAGACGCCAUCGACGGGUCCGACGUUUGGAAAACGAUCGCGUUUACGUUUUUGGAGUCGCUGGUCAGGGUGUCGAGGAUGGAAAAGGCGCAUCGGGUGUUGGGGAUCAUGUCCCGUCAAGGAUUCUUGGCUCAUUUCGUGCAGAGCGUGGCGGAGAGCGAGGACCAGAUUUUGGCUGUUCUAAAGCCUGAUCCAGAGAGUUUGAAUGCGUUGUAUGUGUACGAGGCCAAGAUGUCCUUGCUUAUCAAGAUUGCGCAAACGAGACAGGGGGCGGACCGGUUACAGGACGCAAGGGUGCUUAGCGUCUUGUCCCAGUGCGACUUUUUGGAUGCCAGGCCCGAAAAGGAUGUUGAUUUCCGAAAUCUAGAAUCAUUCCUCCCCUCUGCACUUGAAAGUAUCCACGAUUGGCUCCGACUCGCCGAAUGUGGCCAAGCAGGUUUGGUUGCUGACGACAAGCAGGCACUUAAUUUCAUUCUUGCGCACCGAGAAACGUGCUUGAUGUUGUUCACGACCGAGGAGACUUAUCUCCCUCUAGCAAGUGUUCGAGAGUUGCAUUUGUUCGUGGCAUUGUGCGCUUUGGUAGCACCUCAUGUGGAUUCUAAAGAUUUGAAUGAUGCUCGUUCGUUCGGCCAAGUUCAUGCUGCUGUGCUCGAGCUCGCUUCUCGUAUUUUGAGCCAAGGAGGCUGGAGAAUGAAUGUUGUGCCCGUGACAGAGUCGGAGAUGAUCGAUGCGAACCGAAAAGCCAAGGGCAUUGCGCACAGUAAAAUGUCUGUGUUUGAUCGACGAGCUCGAGAAGCGACGGAUUACCUUCACAAGUGGAUCUUGGUCUAUUUAUCUGCUAUUAGCGAGAGGUCUAUUGGCACCACCGAAUCGUUCCACCCUGUGCUGACUGCUGUUGCAUCGACCGCACGUGAACCAGCCGCCAUUGCCACCGGCAAACCAUACCUUGCCGACGCGAUCGCUGCUCUAAAAGCCAGUGUAGCCCGUUUAUCAUCGUUAUUGGCCGAGCUCAAAGAGAUACCAACCCAAACUGGGAGACUGAGCUUGGAUGAGGUUGAUGAGAUUGUCCAAGCUGCCCAAGUCUCAUUCUUCGACGAUCUUGACAUUCCACAACGGCGUGCAUUUGCUGCACGCGAAUUGGCCCUUGCGGCGGAUGGAUAUCAGAGUGAAGUGAGGUCCAUCUUGCAUACCAUCGAAAUACUGCUACUUCUUUUGUGGCGGCACCUCAAACAUUUCCUUUCCCCCAAUAACCCAAGUGCAGAAGACGCCGGCUCGUUUAUGCGCAGUGUGAGCGCACCUAUGCGCAGACCGGCCGUGAUAGAACAUCUACGCGCCGAUGCAGAAGUCGCAAUUCGGGAGAUCACACUCGAAUUGGAUGAGAUUCAAGUGCCCAAGGAUGUCCUCGGAGCUACUGCUGAUGCCGGCGCACGAGAAUCCUACGUACACGUCUUGACACGGAUGUUACGGACCGUGACUACGUUGGGUGGGCAGGACAUGGAUGAGGAGGAUGACUAG